CUCAACACAUGAGUAUCGGCAAACGCUCGGACUGAUAAGAUCCGGCCGGCUGAGUUGUAGCCGAGUCGUAAGCCAGUAGUCGUGAGCUACUUGGAGCAGGCCAGUCUCGAUCCAAUCGAGGGUACCCCGUUGCUCCCAUUGAUGUUACCACCGCUGAUACCAUACAUCCAAACUACGAGAGAGGGAGUCAGGGAGAUCACUCAAUUGCACAAUCUCACGCUGUUCGAGCCUUAGAGCGACAUGAGAAUACAGUACUGCUAGCAUAAGUGUCUCGUGAAUCACAGAUUGGGCAAGGAAACUCACCACCAAUGAAGAGUAGCAUAUCCAAGCUGGUCGAGUUAAGCUCGACUGUCAGAUCAGGCUUCUUGAGCAGAUACUGGAGAGCUUGCAGCACUGUGCCAUCGCCUUGGAAUUGAAAGUUGCGGUGACGAUAUGGAUGCUCAGCAUUGAAUAUUGCUUCCGCACAGGGUGUGUCAAAGUUAAGCUCCGACAUACUCGGACGGCGAGACAGGUUGUGAAAGAGGUGAAAGUCGUUAUCCAUCAAUGUGAUAUAAGCCAUAGUCCUUGGGUGGUUUCAGAAACUUUGUGUGACUGCCCGCCUGGAACCGGGAACAAACGAACCUUAUACGAGCUUCUUUCAAUAACCAUUUCUGUUCGGUCUCCCUGUCCUCGAAGGAUUGGCAGCUUUCAGGGAGCCGCAAUUCACGAGCAACUUACGCUCGUCAAAAGAAGUCAUAUCUCAAUCACCAGGAUGACUCACUCUGAUGACAUCCUCGAAACGAGUUUCCAUCGUGCUUGUGUUUUUAUUUAUGCUAUCAGUUAUUUGGAGAGAUCUUAUGGCAUCUAUGCCGCAUCAGCUGCGUCGGGUAAUGCUGUACUGAGAAGUGUCAUGGGUGGUUGUCUUCCACUUGCAGGUCCUUCGCUAUAUUCGACAUUGAGAUUGCGCUGAGGAGGCACACUGCUUGGUUUGUUGGAGGUGGCUUGUAU